ACAGGUACAGUCAUACAUACAUGCUCGUUCAGGGAGGGCGUGCGCGCAGAGGGUGGAGUCACUGCUCUUCUUCUCCUUACAGAUCCGCGCUGGAACGAUUCGAGGAGUGGCGGAACCAAGCAGCAUGUAGUUGCGUCACAUUCCAUUUUUGUUGUCAUUUUUGCAGCUGUUGUGGUUCCAAAACGCUCAGAGAAGAGUUUUGACUCCGGGUACCCAUGGAGCGCACUGUGCUGGCUGCUGCGCGCGUCCAUCCCGCACCCAGAGCUGCGCGUAAAAGCGAGUGGCUCCGGAGCGCGCUGGCCCACCAUCACUGCCCUGACGUAGGCGCAGAAAAUGAGAUAGUCGUCCUGGCCACCGGCAUAGACCAGUACCUGCAGGAGGUCUUCCACCACCUGGCCUUUCCUAACCAGGAGGACUCGGUGUCGGGGGAGGACUUCGCAGCUCUGUGCGCGGUGCUGGGACUGGACGCAGCGAGGACGGACAUGGAUGAGGAGUUCAGGGACGUUUGCGCCGCUCUGCCCGAUCAGAUGUCCUUCAAGGAGUUUCACUCGCGCCUCUGCGCGUUUUUCCGCGCGCGCACCGCCGCGCAAAGCGCAUGGCGCCUGCCGGUGUCUGAGGACACGGAGCUGGUGGAGAGGCAGAUCCGGCUCCGCUGGCCCCGGUACAGACGGAGAAAGUGCGUGAGCUUCGAUCUGACGAGAGAUCAGAGCGGAGCCGUGAACAGAUCCAUGAAGCAUCGAACCCCCGAGCAGGUCCACGAGCCAGAAGAGGUUGCAGCUCUCCGGGAGCUGGUGGAGGACCUCCGCUCGGCUCUUCAGGGGAGCGACGCUCGCUGCCUGGCCCUGGAGGUGGCCCUCAGGCGGGAAAGGAGCAGCAGGAUCACUUUUCCAUCCGACUGCAAAUCUCCCGAAUCAUACGAUGCCUCGGUAAAACCGAACCCAGCUCAGAGACUUCAGCUGCACCACAGUGGAGCUCAGAGGGAUGGAGCUAAGGAGGCGCAGCGCAGAUGGAAUGACGGGGACCCCGUUCUCCGAGAGCUGAAGCUGAUUCGAUCCUCGCGUGACGGGCAGCUGGAAGAGGCCAUCAAAUUCAACCAGCGUUUGGAGGAGGAGCUUCACUGGGCGUAUCAGGAGGUGCGCAAGCUGCAGGCAAUGGAGUCCUCACUGAGGAAGGAAAACAUACAAAUCAGGAGGCGAGCGGAGAAGGCCAGAGAGGCUCUGAGGGUGGGGCUGCAGAGGGUUCGGCUGAUCCAGGAGCAGGCCCAGGCUGUGCCGCAGCUGCAGUCCCGGAUCAGCCAGCUGGAGGCAGAGCUGUACAGGGGGCGCAACACCAGCAACACCCCAGAUCACUCUGAAGACUCCUGCAACCAGACGGAGAAGCAUCCGGAGGUUCUGCCUCCAGAGGCCGAGUGUCUGCAGCGCGCCGUGGAAGGAAGAGCUGCGUCUGAUGAAGAGGAGGACGACAGGGGCUUGAAGGAGGUGAAGAGGCAUGCCUGCCAUCUGCUUGGCUGUGGAAAAGGCUGUCAGAACAGCGCUGCCCAUCAGUUUCUGUCCCAAAGUCAUGUUCAGGAGAAAAACAGUGAGCAUCCUGACAAGGACAGCAGGAGCUGCUGUAGUCGGAUGGAGCUACUCAAGAAGAAACCCGACGUCAGCUGUGACAAAGACAAGAGGUCAGACAGGCUGCAGGACAAAGAGAAAACACGACUGGAAGACAAAUUCAGGGACUCUUUGUCUCUGCUAUUGCAGUUUCAUAACCAGAAAGCGUCCUGCAGAGUCCUGGAGAAGCUUGUGACGGACAGCCUAGAGGUGUGCAGCAGGAGUGCAGGUGGACGUCUGAUGCCUCCAGUUUGUGCCUAUUUGUCCGUAUUUGUCCUAACCCUUGUCCUCCAUCCUUCACGUGUAGGACCGUGACAGCUCACACAGGCAGCCAACGGCCUCUGCACCCACCUGACCUACAGUGACCUCCACCUAAACCUCCAACCUUCAACUUUCUGCUUAAAUGUGCUAACUAGCAUACCAAAUUUAUUUAAUAUAGCUGUGGCUUUGUAAAAUUCUGACCGAAUUCCCUCACUACUAGAUUAGGAGUUUGACAUUUUUCCAUGGCAUACGAUUCUACAAAUCCUAACUGUGUUAAAGGUUUAGUCCCACACUAUGUAGUCUUUUAUGAGUAGUAGUGAGAAAAUUUGGACAUAGACCUUUUGUUAUAAUGUAACUUUUUAUAACUUGAAAUCUUAAGUGAUGUGUAUUUUAUAUGAAACAUUUUCCUCAA